AUGUCCUACGGCCAACCGAACCCCUACCAACAGGCGCCUGCGCAAGAGGCCGGUCAAGCCUAUGGCCAGCCUAACCCGUACUCCCAAGAAAACUAUGAGCUCCAAGACCACCCGCAGACAUCCUCGUCCAGCACGCAGCCGCUGUCGCAGCAGGACUUCCUCGCGCGCGUGCAGUCGCUCCGCAACGACAUUACGCGGCUGACCGGCGACAUCGAGACCAUCGGGCAGCUGCACCAGCGCGCCCUCGGCGCCGCCGACCCGCAGGCCGAUCGCCAGCUCGAGCAGUACGUCGCCCAGACGCAGGUCCGCAAUACGGCCAUCAAGGACGGCAUCAAGGGCCUCGAGCGCGACCUCGCCCGCACCACCGACGCCUCGCGCAAGACCAAGCAGACCCAGCUGCAGUCCUUGAAGACCUUCUUCAAGUCGGAGCUCGACUCGUACCAGAGCAUCGAGCGCGAGUACCGCCAAAAGUACAGGGAGCAGAUCGCCCGCCAGUACCGCAUCGUCAACCCGGACGCCUCGGAGCAAGAGGUCCAGCAGGCUGCCGAGACCGAUUGGGGUAAUGAGGGCGUCUUUCAGACUGCUCUCCGCACGAACCGCUCCGGCCACGCCUCCUCCGUCCUCGGCAACGUCCGCGCCCGCCACAGCGAGCUCCAGCGCAUCGAGCAGACCCUCGCCGAGCUCGCCGUCCUCUACCAGGAGCUCGCCACCAUGGUCGAGCAGCAGGAGUCCGUCAUCGCUGACGCCGAGAACAAGGGCCAGGACGUCGUCGACAACCUCGAGUCGGGCAACCAGCAGGUCGCCCAGGCCAACAAGAGCGCCCGCAACCGCCGUAAGCUCAAGUGGUGGUGCUUCUUCAUCGUCGUCCUCAUCAUCAUCGCCGCCGUCCUCGGCAUCGCCCUCGGCAUCACCCUGACCAAGAAUGCUACCAAGGCGUGA